GUCCGUCAUUCAUUCACUCAUUUGCUUGCUAAAAAAGGUGCAGAAACGGGAAUUGUUGGCAAAUUUGUUGAGAUAAAUACGUGUUAAAGAUUUGGCUACCUGAUAUUUGGCGUUCUACUCAUUUUAAGUUAUUCUAAAUCUUGAAUUGUGAAUUUGGAUGAAACGUGAGUGAAGUGUUUACAUUGUGAAAUUUCAAUAAAUUUAAGUUGCCGUGAGAUAUACUGAGUCUAAGAGACAAUGGCUCACAGAUCAUAAUAUCUAAGCAGUAUUAUGGCAUCUGGAACAUCAUCAUUAGAAAGCAAUGGAAGUAAUGAGUCUAUAUCUAACAGUUAUGUGAACAAUGAAAGGCACAAUCCUAGUCAGAUACAGAGCAUUCCCCACCAGAUAGACUAUGAGGUGCUUACUGCCAAUCAGUGCUAUGAGAAGCAGAAUUACACCGUCAAGGGCCACAGCCACAGCAUGAGCGGUACUUAUGAACCACUGCAGUAUGACGUCAUUAACAAGCAGACCAACGAAAGCUUAAAGCAACAAUGUGAGAAAGCACUCCACGACUUAAAUCAGUUAAGGCGGCAACAUACGGAAACAUCAAGAAGAUGUGAACAUGUCAUGAAGGAGUUGGAAUAUUUCCGUGGUCAGCACAGAGCAGCUAUGAACCAGCUGGAGGUGUCAGCUCAGGAGGCUAGCAGUCUGCGCAGCAAGUAUGGUGACCUGCUAAAUGACAAUCAGCGUCUGGAGAGAGAGGUGCAACAUUUACAGCAGAGCGGCAACCCUGAGGGCAGCUCGGACGCACUUGUACACACCCUCAGGAAGUAUGAAUCACUCAAAGAGGAGUUUGAUUGUUUCCAGAAAAGAUAUGACGACUUGAUAGAGACUCACAACACGACGCUUGAGAAGCUCCGCAGUGUGCAAGACGAGAACAGUCGGCUGAAGACACAGUGUCAUGAUCUCACGCAGGAGAGGAAUGCUGUGAUCCGCGAGCGCAACGCUCUGAAGCAGCAGGUGGCGAGCGUGGUGCGUCAGUGGGAGGGCGGAGUGCGCGAGCGCGCCGACAUCAAGCGCCUCACUGACGAGCGCAACGCCGCCAUGGCCGAGUACACGCUCAUCAUGAGCGAGAGGGACACGGUGCACAAGGAGAUGGAGAAGCUAUCGGAUGACCUGCAGGCGGCGCUGAAGCGUGUUGCCGCGCUGGAGGCCGCGCUGCAGGCCAGCCGCGACGAGCAGCGCGCCACCGCCCUCCAGGCGGAGAGCUUGCGUCGUGAGAUAGAGUCUGCGCUGGUGGACCGCGACCGCGCCAUCAAGGAGUGCACGGACCUCAAGACGCCGCAGAACACCGCCACGCUCGCCAAGUCCAGACAAGACAAUUCCGGCUACCAUCAUUUAGGGCUGGCGAGCGGCGGUAACGACGGCUUUCUCAACGGACAGCAUCCCAAUGAUCCUUCAUUAGAUAAGCUACAAGGUCUGGUGGGUCUGUCGGCGGAGGCGGCGGACAAGGAGCGCGUGGACAACCUGGAGCAGGCCAACCAGGAGCUGGAGCGUCUGCGCAAGCAGCUCGACCGUCUGCAGGCGGAGCUGACUGAUGCGCAGAGAGAGGCUGAGGUAUCAAAACGCAGAAGGGACUGGGCGUUUGCAGAAAGGGAUAAAUUAUUACAAGAACGAGAAAGUGUUAAAGCACUCUGCAAUAGACUCAGAAAGGAGCGCGACCAGAUGGUGGGCGAGCUGGCGGACGCGCGGCGGCACGGCAACAAGAAGGGCGCGGAGGGCAAGGAGGGCAAAGCGCUGAGGGUGAAGGGCCACGAGGACAAGGCGCGUCUGCCACCCAACAGGGACUCCGCUGUAGAUGCAGAUGUUCAGGACUUCGAGUGGGAGAUAAUCGAGGUGGAGCUGAGCGGGCUGGGCGCGGACGGCGAGCUGGGCUUCGAGCUGGCGGGCGGCCGCGAGGAGCCCUACUACCCCAACGACACCAGCGUCUAUGUCACCGCCGUCAAGAAGGGCUCCAUUGCUGACGGCAAGAUCAGGGUGCUGGACCGCGUGGCGGAGGCGUGCGGCGCGUCAGCGUGGGCGCGGGGCGGGGCGUGUGCGGCGGCGCUGCGGGGCGCGCUCGCGUGCGGCGCCGCGCUGCUGCGGCUGCAGCGUGCGCGGUAUCUGCGCCGCCUCGUGCGUCUCGCCGGCGGCGUCGCGCUGCACCACGGUAUUUUCGUAAGCAAAAUAGCGUGCGGUAGUGCCGCGGCCAAGGAAGGGAACAUUUACGUGGGCGACAGAGUUGUUAGCAUAAACAAUCGUUCGCUGGAGGGCGUGAAGAGCGUGUCGGAGGCGAUGGCGAUGCUGAACGACUGCCAGUACGACUCCGUGCUGCUCACUGUGCUGCGCCCGCUCUACCCCUGCUGCGACCCCCGCAACAGGCUGGCGUCGUACGAGCACGCGUAUGCAGACAAAAUGGUGAACUUCUCCUCACAGACAGAUGAACCUUGUUCACAGUUUCUGCCCCCACACGAUCCUAAGGUGCACAUCGAGCACGGCGUGGCGGAGUUGGAGCGGCGCUACGUGUACCACGUCGCCGCGCCCAGCCACUCCAGCCAUCCCAAGAUACACCACGAGAGAGGUACCUCGCACAUCACACCGCAUCACACCGCAUCACACCUCAUCACACCGCAUCACACCGCAUCACACCGCAUCACACCACAUCACACUCGCCAAACUUCUGCAAACCUAAUUAACAAUGACCGAAAGCUACUAAUUAGGCCUCCUACUAUUCCUGCCGCGAUAACAUUUCUCAACACCGUAUCUAUUGUAAAGGUGAGUGUGGUGGUUCGUCACGACCUAGCACAGUACCACGAGAUAAAGGACAAGCCGGGCGACGCGUUCUACAUUCGCGCGGGAUUCGACCGCUGCGCUAAAAUCACCUCAAUAGGCAUGGACACGAUAGACGAGUACUCCCUGUGGUUCCGGAAGGACGAGGUGCUGUUCGUGGACAACACGCUGUUCAACGGCGCGCCGGGACUCUGGCGAGCCUGGCAGCUCGACGGCAAGGGCAUGAAGAGGCAUUGGGGCACUAUACCUAGUAAAUUUAAAGUGGAGGAGGUGCUGCGGCGGUCGACUGGCGCACUGGACAGCGAGGCGCAGCGACGCGCUUCCAGCACAGCGCGGCGCUCGUUCUUCCGGCGCAAGAAGCACCGCGACAGCAAGGAGCUCGCCUCCUUCUCCAACACCGAGCUGGGCUGCUGGAGCGACUCCGGCACGCUCGCCGAGGACGUGCCGCUCUCCUACCAGCGCGUCGAGCGACUGCAUUACGGCAGCCAGCGGCCGGUGGUGGUGGUGGGUCCGCUGUGGGAGUGCGUGGCCGGCAAGCUGGUGACGGACUGGCCGCACGUGUUCGCGCGCGCCCGCCCCGACCCGCGCGCCAUCCGAGACCGCGCUGACAAGGGCAUCCACUGUAUCCUAGACAUAAGCGUGUCGACGAUUGAAAAGCUCCACAAGCAUCAAAUAUACCCUAUUGUGCUGUUCAUAAAGUUCAAAUCGUUCAAGCAAAUCAAAGAGGUGAAGGACACGCGAUACCCCGCCGACAAAGUAUCAGCUAAGGCCGCUAAAGAAAUGUACGAGCACGGACUUAAAGUUGAGAACGAAUAUAGGAAUUAUAUUUCUGCGGAGAUCCCGGCGGGCGUGAACAUCGCGUACAUGUGCACGCAGAUCAAGGAGGCCGUGGAGGAGGAGCAGAACAAGACGCUGUGGGUGCCCUCCGUGCAGUACCACAGCGAGAAGGAGCACUGCCGCCUCUGCUGCCGGAUCUGCAACCGCUCCACGGACACGCUGGACUCCAUGGAGGACGAGUACUCGCUGGUGUCGCGCAGCUACAGCCUGCCCUCCAGCAGGGCCACCGGCAGCUCGCGCUCCCGCUCCACGCCCAGCCGCCACCGCGACCGCGACCGCAGGAACUCCAUCCAGUCCAACAAGUCCGUCUCCUUCCUCCAGUCCGGCAACGAUGAGUCCAACAAGGACGAGCCCAACUACACCGCCAAGAGCUUCACCAACGACCUCAAGAGGUUCCUGCUGAAGCCCUCGCCGCCCAGGCUCAGUCUGCGCGACAAGUUCAUCAUCAGCUUCAAGCAGGAGAUCGAAGCGACCAGGAAGUCGCCCAAGCUGAAGGCCAUCCGCGGCCUCUGGAAGUCUUACUGAUUUCUCUUCUAGUGAAUUUAUUUAUUUAUUUUGUAUUAUAUUGCAUCUAUGACUCGUUCCAAUUGAACGCCUAAAUUAUAUAAACAUACAUAGCGGCAAUAUUUUUCGCAAUAUUUUGUGAAAAUCGUAAGAAAAAGUGUGCUAAGUGAAAAGCUAUUGUUAUAAAGUUAUGCGAGGAGAAGUCAUCUCCCCUAAUAUUUUGUAGAUUACGCUAAUUUCAGCGUGAAAUCGUGUUCGUGUAUAGUCGAAAAUAUUUAGGCUUUGAAUUGGGAAAUGGGAUAGUCGAAUUAUUUAUUGGAAUAUUUACUUUUACUACUUAAGGUACUGUAUGCAGUGCUGGGAGCCAUGUCGAUUUCAAUUGUAAUUCUAACAUCAUCACAGGGAAAAAAUAAUGGACGUCAGAAAUCCAUCAUCUAACAGGUAAAGUUACAUAAUUAUUAAUUUGUUGUGUUUGAUAAAAAAUAUAUAUUUAUUCAAUCAUUUCUAUUAACAAAUUGCAACAAAUCAUUCGAUAUUCUUUAUUAUGGAUUUCCACUGUCCUAAUAUAUAUAAAAACAUGUUUGAGAUAUCUCCAAUUAUCUUUCUAAGAAACAAAACAAAAGUAUAUAUUGACAUGGCUCCACUGACCUUUAUAAAUGGACUGGCUAUAAGACAUAGAAUCUUGUGCCUAUUUGAUUUACGCCAUUGGUAACUGUUUGUAGUGAUAACUGUCAUGUGACAUCAACAAGCGCGUUUAAAUGGUAACGAAGCAAAAGCUGUAAUUUCCAAACAAUCGCCUGUCCAUUUAUAGAGAUUAGUGCAUGGCCCUAUUACGUAUCUAUGGUAAUUCCUAUUCCACUUGGUGCUUAUAGUUUUUAUUUUAAAUUAUAUAAUUAUCCAGUUUGUGUGGAUGCAAAUAUAACGAAGGUGUUCACGAUUGGUCUAAAAUGUGUCCUAGCAAGGUUUAGGUGCUAAGAACUUAAAGCUUUUAAUAACUCGUAUGUGUGUCAAACUUAUCAUUAUUUUAUUUUAACAUCAUCUUGUGUUCACUUUUUAAUACAAUACUAUGUGAAUA